ACAACAACAGCAACAACAACACUACAAAAAACCAAAGGGGCAUUUCGAAAAUAAACAUUUAAAUCGACUCCUCUUCUUCAUCCUGAAAACUCAUUAGAUCCCACCCAUAGAAGGAACCCUAACCAGGGCAAGGCGCAGGGUUUAUCAAUUCCUCAUUUCUGCAUUCUGUUAACUCCAGAAAUCGUACAGUCAUUGAAAAACCAAAAACUCGAUCACAUGGAACCCUCAGCGCCUAGGGUUCUCUUGGUCUGCUUCUUAUUAUUCACCUCUUCCAUCCAUGGAGAGGAAUCCAACAAGAGUAAAUUUCGAGACCGAGAAGCUACCGAUGAUGCUCUUGGUUACCCUCACUUAGAUGAGGAUGCUUUGUUGAACACGCAGUGCCCUAGAAAUUUAGAGCUGAGGUGGCAAACUGAAGUGAGCUCUAGCGUUUACGCUACUCCGUUGAUCGCCGAUAUCAAUAGUGAUGGAAAACUUGAUAUAGUGGUUCCUUCUUUUGUUCACUAUCUUGAAGUUCUAGAAGGUUCCGAUGGAGACAAAAUGCCAGGUUGGCCUGCAUUUCACCAGUCAACAGUGCACGCAAGUCCUCUCCUGUAUGAUAUUGACAAGGAUGGUGUGAGGGAGAUUGCUUUGGCUACCUAUAAUGGAGAAGUUCUCUUUUUCAGGGUGUCAGGAUACAUGAUGACUGAUAAAUUGGAAGUACCUCGUAGGAGAGUUAAGAAGAAUUGGUAUGUGGGUCUGGAUCUGGAUCCUGUGGAUCGUUCUCAUCCAGAUGUUCAUGAUGACCAACUUGUCUUGGAGGCUUCUGAGAAGAAAUCUGAGUCUCAUACAACUGGAAGUACACAUCAAAAUACACCUGAAACAGACGCUUCAAUUUCUACAUCAACAGAGAAUAGUCAUCCAGAAAAUGCAUCCAGUGAGCCUGAAAAGAAAAUGAACGAGAAUCAAACUGAGCCAAUUAUCAAACUGCCCUUGCAUGUGGAUAACUCUUCUCUAGGUGCCAGGUCAAAUGGAACCGAUAAAGCUGAGAGUGGAACCAGCAAUGCACAUAAUGGAACCAAUACGGUAGAUAAGGGAACCAAUAAUGCAGAAAAUAGAACAAACACUGGGAGAAGGCUUCUCGAAGUUGACAAUUCAAAGGGUUCACAGGAAGGUGGCUCAGAAUCUAAAGAGAAUGACCAUGAAAAUGUUCAUGCAGCAACUGUUGAAAAUGAUGAAGGGUUAGAAGCAGAUGCUGAUUCAUCUUUCGAGUUAUUCCGUGAUAGUGAUGAAUUAACUGAUGAGUACAGUUAUGACUACAAUGAUUACGUAAAUGAAUCCAUGUGGGGAGAUGAAGAAUGGACAGAAGGGCACCAUGAGAAAUUGGAGGAUUAUGUGAAUAUUGACUCACAUAUCUUGUGCACACCUGUGAUAGCUGACAUUGAUAAUGAUGGAGUAGCUGAAAUGAUUGUUGCAGUUUCAUAUUUCUUUGAUAACGAGUAUUAUGACAAUCCAGAGCAUUUGAAAGAACUUGGUGAUAUAGAUGUUGGGAAAUAUGUUGCCAGUUCUAUUGUUGUAUUCAACCUUGAUACAAAGCUAGUUAAGUGGACUCGAGAACUAGAUUUAAGUACAAAUACUGCAAAUUUCCGUGCAUAUAUAUACUCUUCACCUUCAGUGGUUGAUUUGGAUGGUGAUGGGAAUUUGGACAUUCUUGUUGGGACUUCAUUUGGCUUGUUCUAUGUCCUGGAUCAUCAUGGAAAUAUUAGGGAAAAAUUCCCUCUUGAAAUGGCUGAAAUUCAAGGUGCUGUAGUUGCAGCUGAUAUCAAUGAUGAUGGGAAAAUUGAACUAGUGACCACUGAUGUACAUGGAAAUGUUGCUGCUUGGACAUCACAAGGAAAAGAAAUUUGGGAAAGAAACCUUAAGAGUCUUAUUCCCCAGGGUCCAACUAUAGGUGAUGUUGAUGGGGAUGGUCGUACUGAUAUUGUAGUUCCUACUCUAUCAGGGAACAUAUAUGUUCUUAGUGGCAAGGAUGGUUCUAUUGUUCGGCCUUACCCAUAUAGAACUCACGGUAGAGUGAUGAAUCAAGUUCUUCUCAUUGACUUGAGUAAACGGGGGGAGAAAAGCAAGGGACUCACACUUGUUACAACAUCAUUUGAUGGUUAUCUGUACCUCAUAGACGGACCAACUUCUUGUGCUGAUGUUGUUGAUAUUGGUGAAACUUCAUACAGCAUGGUCUUGGCAGAUAAUGUUGAUGGUGGAGAUGAUCUAGAUCUCAUAGUCUCAACAAUGAAUGGGAAUGUCUUUUGCUUUUCAACUCCUGUUCCACAUCACCCUCUCAAGGCUUGGAGAUCUACUAAUCAAGGAAGAAACAACGUGGUGAACCGCUACAACCGCGAAGGGGUUUAUGUUACACCUUCAUCAAGAAGUUUUCGUGAUGAGGAGGGUAAGAGCUUCUGGGUCGAAUUUGAGAUUGUAGACAAGUAUAGAUUCCCAUCUGGGUCUCAAGCACCUUAUAAUGUCACUACAACCCUUUUAGUUCCUGGCAAUUAUCAAGGUGAGAGACGAAUAAAGCAAAGUCAAAUCUUUGACCGUCCAGGAAAUUAUCGGGUAAAACUUCCAACUGUUGGAGUGAGGACUACUGGAACUGUUUUGGUGGAGAUGGUUGAUAAGAACGGGCUCUAUUUCUCAGAUGACUUCUCCCUUACAUUUCACAUGCAUUACUAUAAACUGCUGAAGUGGCUCCUAGUCCUCCCAAUGCUUGGAAUGUUUUGUGUGCUUGUCAUCCUUCGUCCACAAGAGGCCAUGCCAUUACCAUCAUUUUCAAGGAAUACUGACUUGUGAUAAUCAUCUUCCACUCCAGGUGACCAAAGGGGAUGAUAGUUUCAGCCGAACAAAGGCCAGAAACUAAUGUUGGCUGAGAUAAAAAAAAAUUCAUGACCAUGAAAAAAGUUUUGGCGGCUGAUAUCACAUAUUUUUGGCUAUGUUGAAUAUCAAAGGAAGUGAGUCCAAAGUCUAUAGGAUGUUGGAACUUGUAACAUACUUGAACUGAAUUGGUGAGUUGAAUUUUUUACACCAAAACCUGGAGAAUGAACAAAAAUGUUCUCUCCAAAAUCAAAUACAAGUUCUGCAGGGCCAGUUCAAAAUCCUUGAGGCAAUCAAUAGAUUAUUUACCUUUGAAGCUACCUAGUUAAUCGCUUUAUUCUCUUUCCGGCAUUGUAUUUCGUAUUAGUUAACUGCAUUACAUUUCGACGGACCGGAACAUGCUGCCCACUAUCCUGUUUUAUCCUGUUUACGGUGGUGUGUAGCCCGUGAUUUUUCA